AUGCUCGUCGCCACACUGGCAACGCUUGUUCUGUCUUGGGCCGCACCUGCCGCGGCAUACAACGGUGCCAUUCACCCCGAGUACCAAGAGGGACUGUCUAUCAAUGACGUCCCGGCUGCUCGCAGACUGCACUGGAUGCGUGUUGCCAACGAGGCCAUCUACGCCGACGGCCACCCUUGCCCACAGGCUCCGUUCGGAAGCGCCAUUGUGAACACCACCUCGGACGAGCUAGUCUGCGUCACCAGCAACCGCGUUGGGACGACUGGCGACCCGACGAUGCACGGCGAGAUCUCGGCGAUCCGCGCAUGUACCGACGUCCUCGCAGAUAGGGGCAUGAGCCCAAGCGAGAUCCUGGCUGCUUGGAAGGAGUUUUCCCUCUACACCAACGGCGAACCCUGCCCCAUGUGCGCGUCUGCAAUUCGCUGGGCGGGCUUCAAAGAGGUCAUUUACGGUACGAGCAUUAGCACCAUUGCCAAGAACGGUCGUAGCCAGAUCUACAUUGGCGCCAACGAGGUUUGGGAGAAGAGCUACUCAAUGGGCCACGCAACGUUGAUGCUCGGCAACAUUCUGACAAACGAGACGGACCCCUUGUUCGCCCACCAGUUCAACGAGUCGGCUCCUUGCCUCUGUACGCCAGUGGACAACUGGGAGCAAGUGGUCAGGCGAGCAGGUAAGGGGCUCGCACUUGUGCACAGGGAUGAGUGGCAUGAUGAGCUUUAG